UGUAACUUGUAAUUCAGCAACGAUUGCACGACUAUACAGAGUAUUGAUUGUUUAACGUUAAUCGAUGUUCGGUGCGACUGCGAGAUUUUUGUCUCUCGUCAACGAAAUUCGCAGCUAUCUCGUGUGUCUCGAUUGAACUGUGAUAAAAUUCGAAUCGCAAAGUGUCGCCGUUUCAAACUGCGGUAUUUUCGCCGUCAUUAGAGUGAUAUUUGUCGAUAAGUAAAGAAUGUCUCCGUCGUAGUGAUAGAAGAUCGAUCAAACGAUCAUUCGAUCGAUAUUUUUGCACGGCGAUUCAACCAGGGUUAUGUUUGGGUUCAAGUCAUUGUUAACCGAAACGGCGGCGGGCCGUUCGAAACUUUCGAAUCUCGUUCGUUGGAAGAGCGGCAAAAGCAUAACGCUCGGUGGCGAAAAAAUACGGCGCAAACAUGCCGAGGAAAAGUCUCUGUUUGGUAAAAUCUUGGAGACGAAGAAGCAAAAAGCGAAGAGACUCAAAUUAGAAAAAGAGGGGAAGGUAAAGCCGACGAAAAAAGCGGCGGAAUACGACUCCGAGUUCGCGUGGGUACUGAGCUCUUCGAAAAAUCUCAGGAGGCUGACUUUCGAAGAUGAACAAAGUAACGAUGGUAAAAACUGUGAUAAUUUACAAGCGAUCGAUAAGGGUGAUUUGAUAGAUGUUUCUUCGAUUAAGAAGAGUCUGAAGAAAAAGCUGAACGACGUUCAUCAAGUUAGUGAUUCAGUUCAAGACGAGCCUCAAAUUGAUGAUACGGUUCAAGAUGGUCUCUACGAUAUUCAUCCAGCGGAGAGAGAUUUAUCAAAAAAUGCAGAAAAGACUGAUGAUGCUCAAACUCAAACUCGGAUUAUAAAGACUGAUAAUACUCAAAAAAACUGUUUGCUGCCAAAAGAAAUUGUAAAUAGAAUUCUUCAGUUUCCCAUAUUAGAUAGAAGUAAAAACUUAGAUAACCAAUGGAAACUUGGGACUGAACCUUUGAAAAUUUCUGCUUUUGAUGACAAAGCCUCUUUAAAAUAUCCCAGUGUUACUAGGAUUUUGAGCGCAUCAAUGUCAGAAGAAGCUAAAGCUGUAUUAGAGCGAUGGAAAUCAAACAUGAUUGAAAAGUUAGGCCUGGAGAAAUUUGAAAUAUAUCAAAAAGAAUUAUUGGCCGAUGGAAAAUUGUUACACUUAGCUAUUAUGAAUAAAUUAACCCAAGUACCUUACAGUGUGCCAGAUAAAAUAAUUCCUUCAUUUUCUAGUCUAGAACAAGUACUGAAAGAUAUCAGUGAGGUACGAGCAAUCGAAUCUCAUGUCAUUCACCCAAGGCUUAUGUACAGAGGCAUUAUAGACUGUAUUGCAUUUUACAGGGGUGAGUUAUGUGUAAUUGACUGGAAAAAGUCAGACAAACCCAAAGAUACUAUUGGUGCUACUUAUGAUGCACCACUACAAAUUGCCUCUUACAUUGGAGCGCUGAAUGCAGAUAUUAAUUACCCUUUUCAAAUACAAAAAGGUAUUAUUGUAGUGGCGUAUACGAGUGGAGCACCUGCAAAAGUAUUUGAAAUAGACGAAGACAAUCUUCAACUUUAUUGGAAACUCUGGCUACAAAGGUACCAGGGGUACCUCAGAGCAUCCGAACAAACUUGACAAGGCUAUUGUCUCUACGCAAAUAGACGUACAUGGAGUUGAAAGUUACAAAUUAAGAGCU